AUGGUGCGCGCGGACGCCCCGUCGUUCGUCCCGGCGUCCCGGCGAUCGUCCUCGGUCGACGCCGAGGCCGGGCGCGCGAACGCGGGCGUCGACGGGACGCCGACGGCGGAUGAUGAUGACGCAGAGGACGAUGUGCACGACGGCGCGACGACGACGAACGAGCUCGAGACGCUGCGAGCGCGGUUGCGGGCGAGCGAGCGCGAAUGUGAGAUCGUGCGCGAAGAGCGCGAGCGGUUGAAGGCGGCGGCGGCGCAGGCGGGACGGGUGGCGAAGGCGUACGCGAGUUUCGGGGAUGACGUGACGCGGCUCGAGCGGGCGCUGGAGGCGCGGGAGGAGGCGUUAGAGCGCGCGAAUGCGCGCGCGGUGACGGCGGAGGAGGCGCUGGGGAAGGAGAUGGAUGCGAUGGCGGUGGUGCGCGAGGAGCGAGACGGGGUGAAGGCGGAAUUGAGGGAGACGCUGCGGAAGGCGCUGAGCUCGGCGGCGGCGCUGGCGGAGGCGCGGCGCGCGAGGGAGGAGGCUUUGGCGAAAGCGCGGGAAGAGUUCGAGAUGGAGGCGGUGAAGAAGGUGGACGAACGCGUGCGGGCGGCGACGGAGGCGGCGGCGCGAGAGAAAUCGAAGAUUGAGGGUGAACGCGACGAUUUGCGCGCGGCGCUCGAGGCGUCAAACGCGCGCGCGGACGCGGCGCGCGACGAGUGCGAGAGCGUGAGAGCCGAGCUCGCGAGCUCCCGCGCGGAAACAUCAAUAUCUUCGAAAAUCCAAGAGGAGCUGGAGGAGCUCCGUCGGUUGUUGAGCGAGGAGGAGAAGAAACGAGAAAUGGCAGAGUCCUCCGCGGAAAGCGCCGCCGCCGCGCGCGCGCAAGUCGAGGAUGAACUCGUUCGCACGCGCGCGUCGAUGGAAGAAACGAAGGAGUCGAUGACGACAAUGACCACUGAAAUCGCCUCGAUGGUCGAGCUCAAGGCUCAGCUCGAGCGACGAGACGAUGAGUUGAGAAAGUCUCGCGAGGCGGAAAGCGCGCUGAGUCGAGCGCUGAGCGAAGCCGAGUCUCAGAUCCUCGAGUCGCGAAGGAAAGUCGAUAUCGUCGUCGCUCGCGCUGAGGCGGCAUCCAAAAUAUUCACUGAGAACGCAGCUGCGCUCCGUCUGGCGGACGCGAGAGCGGCGACGGCGGAGCUCGAGACGAGCGUGGCAGAGGAGAAGGCGCAGACGCUCGAGGCGCGGCUCGACCAAGCGCUCGAGGAGCGAGAGAACCUCGCGCGCGAGGUGGAGGAGCUCAGAGCGCAGCUCGCGGCGGCUCCCCGUACGUCUCCAGUCAAGCCGAACGCGCCAUCAGACGUGAUCGAGGCUUUGGAACACGAGCGACGCGCGCGCGCGCUCUACCAGAGCGACGCGCGCUACUGGCGCGAGCGAUUCGAGGCCACCCUCUCCACCUCCACUCCGAUGGCGCAACCGUCACCGCGAUCUCGAACUCCCGGUGAAGCGCUCGCCAUCGCCGCCGGCAUCCCUAGAACGCCCAGAACGCCCACCACCGCCGACAUCCGACCGCCAUCCAUCGCCGUCGACCCGACGGAGCGCGUCGCCGCGUCGCCGCCCGCCGCCGCGCCGUCCCUCGCCUCCGCCUCCACGGACGAGAACGCCCCUCCACCGAUCGUUGCGUCGCCGUCGACGAAAACCAACCCCAUCACGCGCGGACUCGCCGCGUAUUUCAAUCGUUAG